CUCGUAUCAGAGACAUGGAACGCAAUGCACUCAUUCAUCGGAGCCACAAGACAACAUUUCAUAUUGUCAAGGCUUUGUAGCCCACUUCAUUGCGGCACCUGCGGUCAUGUCGUUAGCUUGACACGCUUGAGCCGCCCCCACGUCGACAAAGAUGCCGAGGUACAGUGGAUCUCUACGUAGCAAGACCCUCCACACCUUCAUACCCUCGUAAAGCCGGGUUCUGAAUACGAAGCCCUGGCACGGCCUGGCCAACACGUCGAUAAAAAAGGAGUCUGAAUAUCUGACUCAAACGACUCUUGCUCUAGGGAGCGCACUCAAGAAACAAAGCUCGACUAACAACGUUUUGGACCUGCCUUCUCCGAAAACUGUCGUGCCUGAGUACAUACCAGAGCAAUAUGGACGGCCCAAACAACGGCAUUGUCCUGUACCAUUACUCUUUCUCACCAUUUGCGAGGAGAGUAUUGUGGUACCUCAGUCUUCGAGGGAUUGACUAUGCAGAAUGCAAACAACCUCCUAUCAUGCCUCGACCAGACCUUGCUGCUCUAGGUGUGAAAUACCGCAGGAUACCUGUCAUGGCCAUUGGCCGCGACAUUUAUUGCGACAGCCGAAUCAUCUUGCGCAAGUUAGAAGAGUUUUUGCCUGACGGUGCUCUGGGGGCAUCGACCCCUCAAGACAAAGCCAUUGAAAAAUUCCUGCAGAUCUGGAAUAUUGAGGCCGGCAUAUUUGUCAGAGCUUCUCAACUCAUUCCCACAAGCAUGCCACUCCUGAACGAUCCGAAAUUCACCAGAGACCGGCAAGAUUUCUCGGGUCGGUCAUGGAGCAAAGAGCAGAUUGCUGCGAAUAGACCCGAGGCGCUGGCUGCCAUUAGAAAUGGCUUUGAAUUCCUCGAGACCACUCUACUGGCGGAUGGACGACAAUGGAUGCUGAAGACGGACAAGCCAACGCUGGCAGACAUCGAAGCUAUAUGGACCUUUGAUUGGUUGAACGGUUUGAAAGGUGCCUUACCAAGGGAGUUGAUCUCUGCGAAGCAAUAUCCCAAGGUGUUUGCCUGGAUAGCCAGGUUCAACGAUACGUUCAAAGCAGCCAAAUCGCAAGCACCGAAACCGGCCUCUUUGAAAGGCGAUGCUGCAGUGCAACGCAUUCUGAACGCUACCUUUGCUGAAAAGGAGCUAGGGGUCGACAGUGCCGAUCCUUUGGGAUUGCAGCAUGGGACGGAAGUGGAAGUGUUCCCAAUUGACUCAGGCAGCAGGCACCACGACAGGGGACGACUUGCUGGCCUUACGAAAGACGAGGUCGUUUUGAGCGUCCAGGCUCAGGGUACUGAGUUGCGGUUGCAUUAUCCCCGGACAGGCUUCAGGAUCAAGGCUGUCACCAGUGGAGGCAGUUCGAAACUGUGAAGACCGUCUGGUACAGGAGUGGCAUCGAAGCCUUACUUCCCACGACUCCGACGUGAUUCGAUUUUGAACUUGUGUUCCCAAGCAAGAGUGCAUGCGUCCGUCGUAUCACAACAUAUAUGUCCGCGAUAUCUAGCUGAAUCGGAUAUCAGCCGACGCAUGCUGAAUCCCUCCAAAACAGGGUGUGACGAAGAACGAUGCCCAAACCUACACGGAUACAUGCCGUUGAUAUUGAGGCGAUGUUUCCUCUUUCCCUUUCCAUCACUGCAUGCCUGUUCUUCCGAAUAGGUAGCGGACGGAGACCACUCCUCUUAGACCGGUCAGCUACAUUGGAAUCUGGUUUCCCACCGUCGAUCAUGGCCCGCGUGGUUCAUUUUGUUCUCUUCGGCCUGCCUUAAGAUGGCACCCUGCACGGCUCUGGC